GCUCUGCUUUGCGCGACCAAGCCGCGCAGCUGGGUGUUCCAGCAGCUGUCCUUUCCAGCCAGGUGGUGGCCUCUGGCCUCGUGCGGGUCUGUGAGGCAGAUGCGGGGCCCCCUCCCAAGGUGCUGCUGACGCCGGACCAGAGGAAGAAACUGUCUUCCUUGUUUGAGAUUGCUCAGAAUUUAUUAGCACAAAGCAUGUUCUCCCGUCUUUCCUUCUGUCAAGAAUUAUGGAAAGUACAGAAUUCUUUGCUGCUUGAAGCUGUGUGGCGCCUUCAUGUUCAAAACAUUGUAAGCCUCCAAGAGCUGCUGGAAAGUACGCGGGCCUCUCACUGUCGUGGCCUCUCCCGUAGCGGAGCGCAGGCUCCGGACGCGCAG